UAUUAUCAAAAGACUUUUCAAAACAUGUCAACUUUAUCAAAUCAUGUAUAAUUACCAUUAACGUAUACGUAACUCCGUGAACUAUUCUUCAACCUAGCUAUUUCUUUUCGAGUAUAAAGACCCGUGACUGACUCACUCACAAACCCCCCCUCCAAAUUUCUAUAAAUUUCCCCACCAUUCCUGAACUCCCAAGUUCUCCACAAAAAAGAUGACAAGACUGAUCACUUUUUCCCUCCUUUUUCUUCUCCAACUGACCCAAUUAGGGUAUAGUCAAUCCAUCGCAGAGAAUCCAAACUUUAUGUCUUCUGCUCUGGAUAAUACAAGCUGCAUAUCUUCCAUUGUUGAACUGAGUUUGUCGGCACCAACGACGUCGGUGACCUGUGAACCCACCUAUGGUUUCUUGCCGUGCACGACAACGCUGUGGGGGCAACUCUUCCUCGUAGUGGUGUAUGAGUACUUGCUUUCAGUAGGAGAGAGGUAUGUCUCGGCUGGGUCUGAUCUGUUCUUCGAAAUGGUCGGACCUGGUGUCUUUGGAGCAAGCUUGUUUCACCUUCUUGGUGCAGUCCCUGAAGUUCUGUUGGUGCUUAUUUCUGGACUUUCAGGAAGCAUUGAAACUGCUCAGGAACAGGCAGCAAUGGGAAUGAGCGUACUUGCAGGAUCCACUGUCAUGCUUCUAACACUAACAUGGGGCUUUUGUGUUGCUUUCGGAAGCUAUGAUUUUUCCGAUGACUCGGCCGAAUCAGAUACCGAACACGAUAUACCGCUGAGUUUAACAGGUUUUGGUGUAAAUGCUGAUGUUGAAACUAGCUAUACAGCGAGAAUCAUGAUACUAUCAAUGCUCCCAUUCAUUAUUCUUCAACUGGCCAACUUUCUCAAUUCAUCUUCUGCCACAAGAGUGAUAGUUCUGGUUGCUCUCAUUGUCACUCUUGCAUUGUUCUUUGCUUUCUCCUUCUAUCAGGUGUUCCAGCCAUGGAUUCAAAACAGGAGGUUUAAAUAUUUGGUACAGAAGUUUGUGAAGGACAAGCUCAUGGGCGUUCUAUUACGUAAUGGCAAGCCUAACAUUCAACGCAUAAAAAAGAUCUUUCAUGACAUUGACAAGAAUAAGAGUGGAUAUAUUUCAGAAGCUGAGAUGAAGAUGUUUAUCUUUGGAAUACAAUUAGAAGACGAUGUUCUACUUAAUAAGGAUGAUUAUGUGGAAAAGGUCAUGGAAGCAUUUGAUAUUAAUAGUGAUGGGCAUAUUGAUGAGGAUGAGUUUGUUAAAGGACUUACUAAAUGGCUUUUGGAGGCUAAACAAUCUGCGAGGAAUCAGGACCACAAGAAUUCUGUCCUUUUAGGCAACAGUGUUAAGAAUUCUGAGGAUCCAGAGAAGCAAUCACUCUUACAUAAGAGUGAAAAGAGUUCAACCAGACCAUGGUGGAAUUACAUUAAGGCUUUAUUUCUAGUGCUUUUAGGAAUAACAAUUCUAGCCUUACUCGUACGUCCCCUCAUUGAAGCUGUUGCUGGAUUUGCUACUUCUGCAAAUAUCCCUUCAUUCUUUGUCCCCUAUGUUGUCAUUCCUUUGGCGAUGAACUACAGAAGGGCACUUUCGGCAAUUAAUUCUGCCAGACAGAAGACACAAACAUCUAUCUCUUUAACUUUGUCCCAGAUAUAUGGAGGAGCUUUCAUGAACAAUAUGAUCGGUUUAGUUGUGUUCUUAUCACUAGUCUAUAUUCGAGAUUUGGCAUGGGAUGUCUCAGCUGAAGUCCUGGUUGUUUUGAUUAUCUGCACAGUGAUGGGUCUCUUUGCUAGUUUCUGCACCAAAUUCCCACUUUGGACUAGCUUCUUAGCAUAUCUUCUAUAUGCAAUUUCUCUCCUGCUACUCUAUGUUCUUACCUCUGUUUUGGGAUGGUCUUAAACUGUCUACAUUCCAUGCAGUUUUAGGGUUUCCAAAGUGUUGAAUUUUAGUUUAAUCGUGUUGUUUGUAAGUGAUGCAAUUAGAUCACGUGUUUCUCAUGUGACCAUGAUAAAAGGGCAUCUAGAGAGGUCACGAGAGAAGCACGUGAUCUAAAUUCAUCAAAAUUUAGACAUUGUUAGACUUAGCAACCACGUAACCCAAAUUCAAUACUUCAAGGACCAUAUUGAGAGAAUAGAAACAUUGAGUAUAAAAUAGUGAAUGCAAAUAUUGGAGACUGUUGUGGUGGUGAUUAGUCAAAACUAUAGAUUAUGAUACUACUCCUGUAAUUAUAUUUCCUUAGGAGAAGAAUUCAAUUGAUCUGUACCAU